UGGAACGGCGAGCCCAGUGUGGAAGCUUCGGGGUCGAAUUGCUUCCGAACAAUUCUUCUCCUGUCUUCUGAUCAGUUGAUUGUUGUUCUUCGACCUUGUGGUUCAUCGAUUCCACGACUAUCUCUCUUUUUGUGAUUUCCGAACUCGGGAUCGGAAGUGUGUUCUUUAUCCUGUAGUUUGAGCCAUUUUGUCAGGUUUCUCGCGCUUCCAAAUGGAGGGAAAGCUUGCGGACAUUACCCGGUUGUUUCAGAAGUUCAAGGCCGCCUACGACAAAAAUGAUACGGAAACCAGCGACAACAUCCUUUCUCAGCUCAAGGCAGGAAUUGUUGAUGCGUGUUUGGAAAAGAGGGCUGACCUGACUCGGAUUUUGAAGAAGAAGAGGUUGGAACAAGUAAAGUUGGAAUUGCACGGUGAUUUAUGUCAGCGGUAUCUGAGUGUUGCAGGGGAUAUUUUGGAACAUGCUGUAGUUUUGAGUGUGAAAAUGGAGGAUCAGGAUGCAUUUGAGCGCCAUUUUCUUCAACUCAAGUCAUACUACACCGAUACUAGGGGGGUGAUUCCUCCGUCCGGACAAGAGUAUCCCAUUUUAGGUCUCAACUUGCUGCGGCUGUUAGUUCAGAACAGAAUUGCGGAAUUUCAUACAGAGCUAGAGCUUCUACCACCUGCAGCUCAUGAUCAUUCAUGCAUAAAGCAUGCUGUGGAGCUAGAGCAGUCGUUCAUGGAGGGCGCCUACAACCGUGUUCUAAGUGCCCGUCAAGCUGUUCCACAUGAAACUUAUGUGUACUUUAUGGACCUUCUUGCCAAGACUGUCAGAGAUGAAAUCGCAGGUUGUAGUGAGAAGGCGUACGAUUCGUUGUCAUUAGUGGAGGCCAAGAAGAUACUGAUGUUUGCGUCCGAUCAAGAGUUGCUGGCAUACGUUCUGGAUGAUCAUCCGGAUUGGGAGAUUCGCGGCACCAGGGUGUAUUUUCAAAGAGCCAAGAAACUUGCACCAUGCAAAGAGAUUCCUUCUCUUCAGCUAAUCAAUCAAACUCUAGGUUAUGCUAGGGAGUUGGAGCGUAUUGUAUAGAAGUAGACUUAUUGCAGCUCGAGUGUUUUGUAAACGAAUCCUGAAAAGAAUUUGACGAUUAGGCAACUUUUGCAUGCAUUUACACUCAAAAUUUGAUCCAAGCAUGCGUUGUUUGGUCCUCCUAUGCAUAACGCGUUUACUUACGAUUCACUCGCUGGAUUUGAGGAUCUUCUUCUUUAAGGAUUGGCGUGUUUUGUGGGAUAUCUUGUGCACGCCUUUCUACAUUUUCAAGGAUUUUUGAUCUCGAA